AGAGAAGAAUAAACGGAGAGGCAGCCAUGCGUCUGAACAGAGACACCGAGGACGGCAAAGGCUCCCUGUCCCUGGGGGUUUUCCUCGUGUCAGUCGGUCUAACCGUGUGCGUCGUGUGGCUCGUGGCACUUUGCGGCAUCUGUGGAUGGUGCCAGCGCAGACUGGUGAGUGAUGUCACUUCCUGUUUCAAGGGGAAGAGGAACAAGACAAGCUUGGACACAGCAAGCUCUCCGGACUCGGUGUCGGUACGAGGCCGAGGCGAAAACAAAGCCAUCAAUGAUCUGGAUAGGGACUUUUGGAACAACAACGACAGCAGCAAUGUUCAGCAGCGCUGGAGCUCCUACCCUCCUAAGGAAUUCCUCUUGAACAUGUCCCCUUACGCUCCGUACGGAGACCCCCGUCUAACGCCCAAUGGCUCGCUGGAGAAGUGUGAGGCGGGUGGUGGGUCAGGGGCCGGCCCCAGUCGCAGUGACAGCUCGAAGAGCAUAGAGGCAGGAAGCGGCAAGGCCGGGAAGUGGCAAACCGUCAAGAGCCACAUGUACUCCGGCAUCUUGAGACCAAGCAACUUCGGGGACGCGUCCCCGCUGUCCACAGCGUCCACGCUGGAGCACAUCGCGCCCUCGGCAUGCCGUCCUCGGCCCCUCGUCAGACAGCAGAGCCUCCAGCAGCCCCUGACCCCCCGGCCCCCUCCGCCGCCCAACGACCCGCCUGCCACCUCACAGAGCCUGGGGCAGUUGCACAGCAGCUCCGGGGGCGGCGGGGGGCAGCGGGGGGUUGCAAGGCCGGGGGCAAGGGGCAGCCCAGCCGCACCCGGGGCAUCUCGCUACAGAGCGGGCGCAGGGGCACGGUCCCGCUCCAACCCGGGCAGCUGGGAUCACAUGAUGGGGCAAAUACGAACAAGGGGCAUGGACGUCAAAUCCUUCCUGGAAGGCAAGAUGGUGGUGCUGUCUCUGGCGAUCGGACUGGCCGAACAGGACGACUUCGCCAACCUGCCGGACCUGCAGGAGAAGCCAGCGAACCAAGAAAUGCCCCCUGGUGACAAGAGAGUCAUCGGUAACAAAGCCAACAGCAGCCCUAAAGGCCAGACCCCAGAUGAGAGCAACCGCCGCACGGACGCUAACUCCUCCGUCUCAGACCUCGCCAACUCCGUCACCAGUGACAUGCUCAUGUUGUCUCCAGGCUCUGAAGAGGAAGAACACGAAGGUCCGGUGUGUGAGAAGCUUGGACGAAUACAGUUCAGUGUGGGAUACAGCUUCCAGGACUCCACACUUACCGUGAAGAUCCUUAAAGGCCAGGAUUUACCGGCCAAGGAUUUCUCUGGAACCUCAGACCCGUUUGUUAAGAUCUAUCUGCUACCGGACAAGAAGCACAAACUGGAGACCAAAGUGAAGAGAAAGAACCUGAACCCUCAUUGGAACGAAACCUUUCUUUUUGAAGGUUUUCCGUAUGAGAAGGUGGUCCAGCGCACCCUGUACCUGCAGGUGCUGGAUUACGACCGAUUCAGCAGAAACGACCCCAUCGGCGAGGUGUCUAUUCCACUCAACAAGAUCAAUCUAGCUCACAUGGAGACAGUCUGGAAAGAGCUGAAACCAUGCAGCGAUGGAAGCGGAAGUCGAGGUGACCUGUUGGUGUCGUUGUGUUACAAUCCUACGACUAACACAAUCACUGUGAACAUCAUAAAGGCACGCAAUCUCAAAGCCAUGGACAUCGGAGGCACCUCAGACCCGUAUGUGAAGGUGUGGCUGAUGCACAAAGACAAACGGGUGGAAAAGAAGAAGACGGUAGUAAUGAAGAGGUGUCUGAACCCUGUCUUUAACGAGUCCUUUCCUUUCGACGUUCCCGCUCACGUGCUGAGAGAGACCACCAUCGUCAUCACAGUCAUGGAUAAGGACAGACUCAGUCGAAAUGAUGUCAUAGGCAAGAUCUAUCUCUCGUGGAAGAGCGGCCCUGCAGAGGUCAAACACUGGAAGGACAUGAUGGGCCACCCUCGCACUGCCGUUGCCCAGUGGCAUUCCCUCAAAGCUUAACGGCCCAGAUGAAAUCGACACCCACAAGCCCCUGUUAUUAUGCACAAGCUUGAACACGGGUACCAAAAGCCAUCCAACAUUUACUUCUUUUCUCUCCUUACUUCUAUAUGGACUACAGAGACCUUUUUUCUCUUUCCUCCGUUCUUCUUUAUGUAGUUCUUACCUGUUUUUUUCCCUGUGAUUUGGACCUGCUAAAAUCCCUUCUUUCACUUUUUUUGGCCAAAAAAGAGGCUAAGCACUGCCAUGAAGUGUGUAAAAGUCCUGUAUUAUGUAAUGCAGCGCAGGCUUGUCUUCCUUGAGAUUAUUUAUUUCGACUGUUCCGUUGUCCAGGGGAAACAUCUCAACAUCCAAGCGGGACAAAAGGACUUCCGAGCAGUCGACAAAAACGUCCUACCCUGUACUAUACUGCCGUCUUUUGGUAUUCCUUUUCUCAUUCUUCCACUCAUUUCCCUUCCCAUGAAGAUCCAUAAGGAUCGAGUCGCAGUGCAAUACCUGAUGGACGGAGAGACGAACUCUUUACCAGAAGCUCUUCGCCAUCUCUCGCCGGGUUUCCUGGCACCAAGUGUAGAAACCCAUUUUUGCUGAAGUUCCUUGUCAGAUGUUUGUACUGUGGGUGCUGUGAUGUGACAAAAAGUGUUGUUUCAAGAAAAAAAAAGACACUUUUUUGUUUUUUAAUCAAAGAGCGUAAGCGUUUGCAGACCUGUUUUUUGUUGUUGUUUUGGUUUAAAAAAAAAUGAAGACAAUUUUCAGAUGAAGUUCAUCAUGAAGUUUAACUAAGUCGAGACUAAAGAUGCCGAAGUGGUUUUUUUUCUGUACACCCGUUUUUUACACAAGCCGCCUCAGUUCGUCGUGUGUUGUACAGCAUAACACUGCUUUACAUUUUCCCCCAAAGGCCCUAAACGUCCGCAUCUGGCAUGUCCUGACCAUGAUGUGAAAAGAAACGCCACCUAGUGGACUGUUAGUGGUGUUAAUUAUGUAGCUUACUGUGAAUGCUUUUGGACAUUUUCAACAAAUCUACAUCCAGAGCUGCUGUCGUUGUGGCCUGGAGGAGAUCUUGAUGUGUCUCAGGAAUGGGACAGUGGGACAGUGUCAUGACGUUAUACAGUACAGCUUUCAGGCUCAAACCAUCGCUCAUGAUUUCUACUUCUAACAAUGACCAAAAGAACCAAAUGAAGAAGGGGUGAAGGCGCUCGGUGCGAAUGCAACCGGAAAGGAUACGAAACAUUCCAAUAAGACAUGAAACAGGGCCAGACAACGUUGUUGCUCUUAAAGAUCAGAUCAAAUGCUUCCAUGGCCGGGGGGUUAUAUGGUGGGGGGCAGCAGAUGUG